AAACCUAAAACCCUCUCAGGUUCCAAAUCCUUGAAACCCAGAAGAACGCGAGCUUUCAUGGCGAACUCUGUUAUUUCCCUGGAGAAGUUAAAGUUCUGGAAAUGGCAACCGCAAAGCGAGGAGCAAUGGGCCAUGAACAUGAAACUGUUGCGAGCUACUGGACUUUUUGCUGGAUCAAUCCUUCUGAUGCGCAAUUUUGGUGAUCUCAUGGCCGUUUGACGAAAAACAUGGUUGUGGUAUUCUCUCAUUUUCUUUU